GGGCGGCUAGUGAAUGUUUGUUCUGCAAUUGUGCGUUGUGCGUCAGCUAAUCUCAGUGGUAUGAAAUGAAUGAUAAUGACAGUGUAAACACGGUGCUCAGGUAAUGAGAAUAAGUCUGUUCCUAAGUCUUAAAAUUUUCUGGGUUAUAUCUCUUGUCGGUGUUGUUGUGAUUCGCUCCUUCGAUUUAUACGAUCAAAAAUGAGAAGUGUAAGGUGACAGUAAUCUAUUAUGUACUGAUUCAGCGUUGAUGGUAUACCGCAUUGUGUUUACAGAAAUAAUCAGUUUAUCGUAUAGGUACUGAUUUAAUGCAAGUGAUAAGUAGUGUGUACAUGCAUGGUGAUUAUAAACUGGGAAUAGUGAUAUUUGAAUUGCCCUGUUAAUGAAAAAUGUUUCUUACAGACGAUAAUUUAUUGACCAUGUCUGCAGUACCUAGUGGAUUUGAUUUUCCUUCUGAACUUUCCACAAAGCCAUUUGCACUUAUAGGCCUUACGGGUCUUGACACUCUUAACAAUGCAAUACAUAGAACAAUCUGGGAUGCUUUUAGUAACAACAGAAGAUCUGAUCGAGCUCCAGUUCAUUUUAAACUGCUUGGCCCUGCUCAUGAAUUUCCACCUCCCAAGGCCAAGCGUAAUACUUAUGAAUGGUACAUUCCGAAAGGUAUAUUGAAACGUAAUUGGAUGAAUAAACAUUUAAAUGAAAUACCAGCUGUUGUAGCAAUAUUUUAUGAGUUAGACUGGGAGGAUCCACAAUGGAAUGAAAAGAGAAUUGAAUGUGCUUCUCGGGUUCAGUCAAUGAGGGUUGCCUUAGCGGGUCGUAAUACCCGAAUAGCAGUUGUUCUUAUACAACAGACUGCACCAUUGCCAACAGGAGAAGAUAUGACAGCAGCUGAACGCGCUACUGCGCUUUGUACAAGUUGUGAGUUAAAUGCAAAAAGUUUAUUUGUUUUGCCUCAUGGUGAUCAUCUACAUGGUUACACCGUCAGGUUAGAGAAUGUAUUUUACGAUUUGGCUUUGAACUACUAUCAUCAUGAGGCUCGUAAUGUUAAAAGCCAUAGAGAUCAGUUGAAUAAAACUACUCAUCAGUAUUUAUUUGUACGACAUCAGUUGAAAAUUGGAUUCUUGAAUGAAUUAAAACAAGACAGUCACACAGCUCAAAAACAUUAUUUGCAAGCUUACAACAAUUUGCUGGAAGUUCGAAUUGUGGAUACUAAUAACUUGGAAGUCAAGACUGUCGCUGGAUUUAUCAAUUACAAAUUAUGUAAACUGAUGUUCCAACAAAAUCUUCCUCGAGAUGCCAUAAAUCAGUUUCGCCAGCACAUUGAAGUGUUCCGAAAUUGUAUUGGACCUAAAGAUUUGGCAUUUGAACAUUGUGCUUGGAUGUCAAAACAGUUUAGUGUCUUUGGUGAUAUUUUUGAUGAAGCUAUUAGACAAGGUCUACCAGCUCUGCAAACUCAACAUCCAGGUUUCUAUUAUCAGCAAGCAGCUCAGAAUGCCAUUGAAAGGAAAACUUGUUGUCAAGAAUUGUGUAAGUGGGUUAGAGAAAAAUUAUUAGAAAACCUGCCUUCUAAUGCAGUAAUUGUGCUCGAUAAUGCCUCAUAUCAUAGUGUAGUAGCUAAUAAAACCCAACUGGCAUAUUCAGUAAAGCGAGAUUUGAUUCAGUGGUUGAAUGCAAAAGGAUUGCACGUUAAUGAAAACCUGAGGAGGCUCAGUACAGAAUACCCGAAUCCAGAUCCACUGAUGGGAGCAGAAAAUUUAGAAUUUUAUGGUCAAAGACCUUGGAGACCAGGAAAAUUGAGUGCAGAACCUCCAGACCCUGCUAAAGAGAAGAUUGGUGUCCUUGCUUUACAAUAUAAGGAAAAAAAUACUAAUCAUUCGAUGCUUAUUAUCGGAUUGCUUGGUAGUGCCAUAUCUCAAUUUAAAACUUACCGGUGUCCACGAAUGCGACGGCAGCUAGUGGUCCAAAUGGCUGAAGAAUAUUUUAGUUCCAAAGAUUAUGGGAAAGCUUUAACACUCCUUACACAUAUGCUGUGGGACUAUCGCUGCGAGAAGUGGUGGCUCCUCUUGUCUAAUAUUUUAGUACGUGCAUUGGGUUGUGCAUUCUUGGCAGCAAGUGUUCAAGAUUAUAUAGUGCUUACUUUGGAAGCACUUGGAUCAUGUGCUCAGUUGCAUGAAGAAGAAAAGACUCGAGUAUUUGGAAAUCUGGAAAGAUUAUUGAAGGGUUUACCCCCUGACCCAGAACCUAAUCUUCCACAAGAAGAGGUGGAUCAUGCACGUCAGCUGUGGACAUCUUCUAAAGUUGGAGACGUUUUUAAUAUAGCUAUUGAAAUGAACAAUAUAACAGGUUGCAUUGAAAGUAAAGCUCAGUUUACGCAACCGCAGUACCAAGCAGACCAGCAUGUCACCAUAGAGGUGUACAUCAGGAGUUGUUGUCCUCAUCCUCUUCAGUUCAGCAAGUUGACUGUCACUGUAAAUAAUCCUACAUACAGUUCAGAAUUUGCAGUGUGUGAAAGCAGUAGUAAUGAAUCUGGAGCAAAUCCGUUACUUUUGUUUCAUAAAAAUGAGGUUAAACGUUUUGUUUGUCAAUUCUUACCUGAUGUACAAGAUGUUGGUAAAGAAAUACAAAUUGGCUCCAUAUUAUUGUAUUUGGGAUCUGAGAAAGGUCGCUGUGCUAUAUUGCGGUUUACUGGUACUGGCAGUGAACCUUCCUCUGUUGAUAUUUCAUGCCCGGAGCUUCAACAUUUUAGACCAUCCUCUGCAGAUAUGCCCGAUUUUGAUGGCAUACAGCCUGUAGCUACUGCAGAAAUUGUGCCACGAGAUUCAAAAUUAGAAGUAACUGUUGUUCACAGUACACCCGCAUUGUUGGGUGAAUGGUAUCCUAUAAAAGUGAUUUUAGAGAAUAAAGAAUCGAAUAUGAUUUCUGAAGUGUCAAUGGACAUAAAUCUAUUAUCUAACAAUGAAGACCCUUCUUUAGAGCAAGCUACACAAAUUUGUGAAUCUAUUUCUGAUCAUAUUGUAUCAUUGCCUAUAAAAAUCUCUGUUGGGAAUUUGGAUCCAAAUUGCAAUAUACAAAAGUUAUUCUAUAUGCGAGGUCAUCGAAUUGGAAAUCGUAACAUUAUGAUAAAGGUGUCUUACAAUUUGUCAGUUGUACAAGAUGGACUGGACAACAAUAAUUCUUGUAUUAAAGAAACGACAGUGAUGAUUCCUGUGGUUAAACCAUUUGACAUUACUGCAAAAUUCUUUUCUCUAAAAUUUGAACCAAUAGCAAAGAGCUUUGCUAAAGAACCGUUUGUUGUGAUGCCUCAUGUCAGUUGUGUGUCACCUUGUUCUCUUGUUAUUGAGAAUUCAUCUAUUGAACUGUCUGGUCACAUAAAAUCAGUAGAUGAUGAGGUGAAAUCUCAAUUAAAGUCGAUUAGCCUUAAAAAUGGGGAAACUGGAACUGAAGCAUAUUGUGUAACAGCUGAUCAAGCUAAUGACCAACCAGUUGCAUUAGGAAUUUAUACUCUCCAAUGGCGGAGAGAAGAUACACCAGAGUUGGUUACAAGCAGUAGUGUUACACUACCAACGGUUAGAGUGGAAAGUGCUCCUUUGUUCAUAGAAAUGUGUUUACCUGCCCAUGGUUGGGUCCGCACUCCAAUGGCAGUUUCUUACCACAUACGAAAUCAUACCACUUGCCUUCUUGAUUUGGAACUCAAUAUGGAAGCUAGUGAUGCUUUUAUGUUUGCAGGUCACAAACAAUUGCAGUUGCGAAUUUUACCAGAAUCAGUCAAAACAUUGGACUACAAUUUAUAUCCACUAUUAUCAGGAUUGGUUGCACUUCCUAGAUUACGACUUACUAUAUCAGAUAAAAAUGAUUAUCCUGUAAAACAACCACAGUUAACAGAAUUACUUGAUCGUUCCUUGCCAUCUCAUGUGUAUGUCAUGCCUCAGGGAAAAGGAAACCCAACUCCAAUUGCCAUUCCAUCUUGAAGCAAGCAAAGAAAGAACAAAAAUUCACAAAAUAUGCAUUUAUGUGAUAGUAUUUAUUUGUAGUAUAACUAUCAUGUAUUUACAACUCUCCAUGUCAUGAAUAUUUUUUGUUAUGUUUUUAAGCCAACAAUGUUAUCCAAAUGGAACUUGCUCAAAGUUUGUUUGUAUUAUUUGUGCAUAUCCAAAACUUAUGUAUAUUAAUUGUACAUUUAUCCAUUUAAGCAUCUUUUGUAUAGUACUACAUUUACUUAUUGUUUUAUUUCACAAAAUGUAAAAAUGUAAGUUUGAAGUGAUAAUAUUAAUAUGAAAAAAAUAAUUGUUUUUACUUAAUUAUUUUAAUAGUGCUUUUCAAUUUAUUUAUAAUAUUGAAUGACAUUUUACACUUCUUUUUGAGUGCACAAAGAGAAAAUCAGUAAAUCACGAAUGAAAAGUAAGAUUUUGUGUGAAAAAUGGUGAAAAUUCAAAAUGUUUAAAUGGAUUAUUGCAUGAUAAAAUCUGGAAACAUCACAAGUGUCAUUCAAAAGAACUUAAAAUGCUAUCAAGAAAUAAUAGUAAUCAUUUGAAAGUGAAUUUGAAGUACUGAAAUUCAUAAUAUUCUUAAAUUGGAAGAGUAAAGAUGGAAAAACUAGAUAAAUUAGACAAUGAUUGUAAAUAUUUAAUCUGAAUACCUCAAAAGCAAGAAAUGAUUACAUGUCCUGCAGAUAGUCAUUGGAACUAGUAAAGAUAAAUAUAAUGUGGGGUAAACACAACAUUGUUACACACUUUCUUUUUAUACAGUAUAUUAUAGGAAAAAUAAUUCCAUUGAAGCAAAAACCUAACAACCAAACAUUAGCAAAGGAAGGAAAUAUAAUGUAGUUAAAAAAUAUUACUCACAAAUCUCUAGCAGAUUCUAGGUAAUGCAGGUGAUGUCUACUUCAAACUGAAACUUCUAGCUUGACAGAAUUUUUUCUUUGCAUUUUAUGCGUACUUAUUCAUGACAUUCAAAGGAAAUAAAAUUCUUAUGGGACUUUUAUAGUCCCAUAAGAUCAGAGUUAAUGUGUAUGUGCACUUUGUAUAGUUAAAUUAAAACAAAGAAGUUGCUUUUUAUUCUCUCUGUUCUAGUUUACCAAAUAUUCUAAAAGAAAUACACAGGUGCUAUAAUAAAAUAUAUAUUUCAGUGAUCAACAAUACAAAAAGUUAAAGAAGCAAUGUUGUUGCAAUACUUUGAUUGGAUAUUUUAUUUUAAUUAUAUUUACAAAGUCUUUAAUUAUUUAACUAGAAUACUAGGAACAUGUUUAAUCUUUUCUUUGUACACUUCGUACAAAAAUUUUAAAUGACAGUUUAAAAGCAAGAUUGUCUUAUGUAAUUGAAAAGCAUGCAGAUUGUUAUGAAGAAAUUUUCCACAAGUGAGAAGUAACUUGGUUCAGAUAUAUUCCUGUCAUCAGAUUUACAACCCUCCAGUUAAGGCUCUUGGGAGAUGCAUUGUCUGCAAGUGACUGCAUUCUUUGAUUAGUUUGACCUAGAAAAUCUCCUUUAGUUCCAUGCAAUGUUGGCAGUGUAAUCUGAUGGUCAAUUUGAAAUGAUUCUGUUUGAUUUUCAUUUCCAUAAUGCUCCUUUUUUGCCUUAUUGUUUGAUAUUUUGUCAGAGGGUGUAACUGGCAUACAGAUUUCUUUUCUCAAUUUAUAAUAUUCAUCACUAGGACAUGGGGUCAUUGUAAUGUUUAACCAUGUCAUGUGCAAUUCAUCAAGAAGACUCUCUUUCACUUCAAAGUCCAUUAUUUUGGUUUGAUAACCUUCAACAGAAGCCUGAAAAGAGAAAUUGUGUAUUUAAAAAAAAAUAAAAAAAUGUAUAUAUGUUAGAAAACUACCAAAUUAAUAUGGGACAACAUUCUAUUUCUCCCCCUUGAAGCUCUAAAAAAAAGCCCAUCAAAAAUAAAAGAAAGAAAAAAAUUUAAAUCAUUUAGUGUUUAAGCUACUAUUUGUACAAUCUAUUUUGCCUCUGGUCGCAGACAUAGUGAUUACUUGUAAGAUUUGCAAAUUCUUGUGGACAUAAUAAUAAUUAUUAUUAUUAUUAUAUCGUUUAUCAUUAUACUUAUUCAAAACU